UUGCUGAAAGCAGAGCUGUGUUGCUCAGACCGGUAAACUGCAAAAUAGGCAGUCGAAAUGAUUAAACACCGCCUGGGGGCAUUGCUCGUGGUACUGCUCCAAGUUCUCUGCUUAACACGGGGCCAACCUUUACCGCACUACCAUGCGGAUUUCGUGGACAUCGAAGAUCAGCCCGCAGAUCUCAAGUGGUGGCAGACGGGCGCCUUCUACCAGAUAUAUCCAAGGUCAUUUAAAGACAGCGACGGCGAUGGCGUAGGUGAUCUAAAUGGCAUCGCGGAGCAACUGCCCUACCUCAAGGAGCUGGGCAUCACGGCCACUUGGCUGUCGCCAAUCUUCACCUCACCGAUGGCAGAUUUCGGCUACGACAUAGCCAACUUCACUGAGAUAGCGCCUAUUUUCGGAACCAUGGCGGACUUUGAACACCUGCUGGCGGAGGCCAAGAGACUGGACAUCAAGAUCAUCCUGGACUUUGUGCCCAACCACUCGAGUGACGAGUGCGAGUGGUUCCGUCAGUCGGCGGAGCGUCAUCCGGACUUCGCAGACUUCUACGUUUGGCAUCCUGGUAGAGUGGAGAACGGCACCCGUCGACCGCCCUCCAAUUGGAUCAGCGUCUUCCGCGGAAGUGCUUGGGAAUGGCACGAAGGUCGUCAGGAGUACUAUCUGCACCAGUUCGUGAAGAAGCAGCCAGACUUGAACUAUCGCAAUCCAAAAGUUCGAGAGACCAUGAAUAACGUUCUGAGAUUUUGGCUUGAAAAGGGCGUCGCUGGCUUUCGUAUUGAUGCGGUUCCCCAUGUCUUUGAGAUAGCGCCGGAUGCUCAGAAUCAGUACCGCGACGAGCCGCGAAACGAUUGGGACAACGACCCCGAGGACUACGGCUAUCUGCAGCACAUCUACACCAAGGACCAGCCGGAGACCAUUGACCUGGUCUACUCGUGGCGCGCGGUGCUCGACUCUUUCCAGCGGGAGCACGGCGGCGAGGAUCGCAUCUUAAUGGCCGAGACCUAUUCACCCAUCGAGAUCGUGAUGCAGUACUACGGCAAUGCGACGGCGGAGGGCGCUCAGCUGCCGUUCAACUUUCUGCUGAUAAGCGACCUGUCCAACUCGUCGAAUGCCCAUGACUAUGAGCAAACGGGUCUCAAGUGGCUGCAGCACAUGCCCCAGGGUCGCACAGCCAACUGGGUGCUGGGCAACCACGACCAACCCCGAGUGGGCUCUCGUUUGGGUCGGGAUCGGGUGGACAUGCUGAACAUGCUCACUGGCACGCUGCCCGGCGCCAGUGUCACCUACCAGGGAGAGGAGCUGGGCAUGACCAAUGUGUGGAUCUCGUGGAAGGACACCGUGGAUCCCUCGGCCUGCAACACCAAUCCGAGCAUCUACGAGCGGUACUCCCGCGAUCCUGAGCGCACGCCCUUCCAGUGGACCGACGCCCAGGAUGCGGGCUUCAGCAAUGCCAGCAAGACCUGGCUGCCCAUCGCCCUGGACUACAAGCAGGUCAACGUGGAGCUGGAGCGGCAGAGGCCGCUGAGUCACCUGAACGUCUUCAAGCAGCUCUGGCAGUUGAGGAGGCAAUCGCAGACCCUCCAGCGCGGUCAGACCGAAGUAAAGGCCCUCAGCGACGCAGUGCUGGCCGUCAAACGCUAUCUCGAACGUGACUCGACCUAUUUGACCCUGCUGAACAUUUACGACGGCGUGGAGACCAUCAAUCUGCAGCAGAGCUUCCCCGGCUUGCCUCCUCAGCUCACAGUUGUGCUGGUCACAGAGCGAUCUCAAGUCAAAGUGGGUGAUCUCGUCAACUCCUCAUGGGUACAACUGCAGCCCAAGGACUCGCUGAUCCUGCAGUCCAGCUCCUCCUAUUACAGCUAUGCCACCAAUGGCGAGACUCGUUUUCUGCCCAUUCUGGGCUUUUAUCUCUGGCUGGCUCAAGUGGCGCUCUAUCUGAGCAAUCGAUGAGUUCCCACCCCCUGGUUUCCAGCAGCUAUUU